CUUCGGUACUUCAUUGUCUAUCUCACGCGGCUCGGGACAGACGCACCUCGAAUCCUAACAGACCCCUGCGUUGCGCUUUUAUUUACCCUCGCAAGAACGAAAGAAGAAGGAAGAAAGAGAAAGAAAGAGAGAGAGAGAGAGAGAGAGCUCAGGGAGGCAUGGCCGAGAUGUGCGCGGCGCCGUCGGGGCGCAAGCCGUUCUCGUUCGGCCUGGACCCACGGGUGCUGGCGCUAGUGGUGGUGCCACUCGUGGCCGUGACGCCGCUCGCGAGCCUGUUCCUAGUGCCGCUGCUGUGGCGCGCCCUCGGCUCGGCCCUCGGGCGCUACCUGCGCAGGAAGACGGACGGCCGCCGCGGCCAGAUCCUCGAGCUGAUGGGCGCCGACGAAAAGAAAUACCAAGACCAGAAAAACGGGGGUCAGGCACCGGCGGGACAGGAGGGCGGCGGCGGCGGCGGUGGUGAGGACGACGACGGGUGGGAGAACGUGGACGCGUAUGCCGUCGGGACGUCGCAGAACGGCGACAAGGAGGAGCAGGAGUGGGAGGGCAUCGUGGGCUUCUUCCAUCCUUUCUGCAACGCUGGUGGAGGCGGAGAGAGAGUUCUCUGGGCUGCCAUCCGAGCGACGCAGAAGCGCUGGCCAAAGGCAAAGUGUGUCGUGUACACGGGCGACCACGAUGUCAACAAGGAAGCUAUCCUGGAUAGGGUCGAGAACCGGUUCAACAUCCACCUCCACCCGCCGGCCGUCAACUUCAUAUAUCUCUCAACAAGACACUGGGUGCUGGCGUCAACAUGGCCGCACUUUACGCUCGCCGGGCAGUCGCUCGGCUCGGUAGUCCUCGCGUGGGACGCCUUCUCGCUUCUCGUCCCGGACAUCUUCAUCGACACAAUGGGCUACGCGUUCGCAUUGGGUCUGUCCAAGUUCCUCUUCCGCGACGUUCCCACGGCGGCCUACGUGCACUACCCGACAAUAUCUACCGACAUGCUCGAGUCGCUAGACCCGGGCUCGGCGGUGGGCGGCCAGGGGGUCAACGCCGGCCAGGGGCGAGGGACAAAGGGUGCCGUCAAGAAGCUGUACUGGCACCUCUUCGCCAUGGUCUACUCGUGGAUGGGCGCCUCGGUGGACGUGGUCAUGACCAACUCGAGCUGGACGCAGGCGCACAUCCAGAAGCUCUGGGGCCCGCUGCGCGCGAGCACGCGCGGCGCCGACCCCAUCGCCGUCGUGUACCCGCCGGUGGCGGUGCGCGAGCUCGAGCACGAGGUAGAGGUGUCGGCGGCGAGCGAGGGCCGGCGCGAGAAGGUGGUGCUGUACAUUGCGCAGUUCCGCCCCGAGAAGAACCACCAGCUCGUGGUGCAGGCGUUUGCCGAGUUCCUCAAGACGGGCAGCGCGGCGGCGCAGUCGGCGCGCCUCGUGCUGCUUGGCAGCGUGCGUGACGACGCCGACUCGAAGCGCGUCUACAAGCUGCGCCUGCUCGUCAACGAGCUCCACAUCCGCGACCGCGUCGACUUCCACCUCGACGCCUCGUGGCCCGAGAUCCUCGACUGGCUGCGCCGCGCCUCGGUCGGCGUCAACGGCAUGUGGAACGAGCACUUCGGCAUUGGUGUUGUUGAGUACCAGGCCGCCGGCCUGAUCUCGGUCGUCCACAACAGCGGCGGGCCCAAGCUGGACAUUGUCGUCGACGUCAAUGGCGAGCCCACAGGAUUCCAUGCCACCACGUCGACCGAGUUCGCCGAAGGGUUCGAGAAGGCGCUGUCCCUGCCGAACCCCAGCGCCGUCCGACUCCGGGCGCGCGAGUCGGCCAAGCGCUUCACGGAGGAGGAGUUUGCCAGGCGGUGGACGGCGCAGAUGGAGAAGCUGGUAGCUAUGCGGACGAGGUUAAAGACGAAGAUAGGGCCCUGCUAGAGCAAUCUUGACUUUUUGAAAUUUUCCUUAUUUCUCUUGAAUAGAUGAUAACAUUGAUACCCCUUGCUUUUUCUAUCAUGUCUAGUGUUUUUUUCCUCGUCUGUUUCCUCUGGUAUAUACACAUUUCGUUGGCGGCGUGUUGGUGUUGG